CGCUUGGGGCCCUCCCGGCCGCCAGGCGGCGCCAUGGCAGCGGGGCGGGGCGCGGUGACGUCACCGCCACGCCGGGUGGGCCGAUGCGGCGGCGGCGGCCCCGGGAGCAGCGGGAACGGCCCCGGGAGCAGCGGGAGCAGCGGGAACGGCGGCACCGGGAGCGCCGGUAGCACUGCGAACGGCGGCAGCGGCAACAGCGGGAGCGCCAGCAUGGAGUACGUGAGCCCCGAGCAGCUGGCCGGCUUCAGCAAGUACAAGUACAGUGCCGUGGACAGCAACCCCCUGUCCCUGUAUGUCAUGCAUCCCUUCUGGAACGCCAUCGUGAAGAUCUUCCCUACCUGGCUGGCCCCAAAUUUGAUAACGUUUUCUGGCUUCCUGCUGCUUGUCUUCAACUUCUUCCUCAUGGCAUACUUCGACCCUGACUUUUAUGCUUCUGCUCCUGAUCACCAGCACGUUCCAAACGGCGUGUGGAUCGUGGUGGGGCUCCUCAACUUCAUGGCCUACACGUUAGAUGGCGUUGAUGGCAAGCAGGCACGCCGGACCAACUCCAGCACCCCCCUGGGAGAGCUCUUUGACCACGGCCUGGACAGCUGGGCCUGUGUGUACUUUGUGGUCACCGUGUACUCCACCUUCGGCCGGGGCUCCACCGGCGUCAGCGUCUUCGUGCUCUACCUCCUGCUGUGGGUGGUCUUGUUUUCCUUCAUCCUCUCCCACUGGGAGAAGUAUAACACAGGGAUUCUCUUCCUGCCCUGGGGAUAUGACGUCAGCCAGGUGACCAUUUCAAUUGUCUACAUAGUGACAGCCUUUGUGGGAGUUGAGGCCUGGUAUGCACCUUUCCUGUUUAAUUUCUUAUAUAGAGACCUAUUCACUGCAAUGAUUAUUGCCUGUGCCCUCACUGUGACCCUGCCCAUGAGCCUGUACAACUUCUACAAGGCCUAUAAAAAUAACACCUUGAAGCACCACUCUGCGUAUGAAAUCCUGCUGCCCCUGGUGUCCCCGGUGUUGCUGUUCCUGCUCUGCACCACCUGGAUCUUCCUGUCCCCCACUGACAUCCUGGAGGUCCAGCCCAGGCUCUUCUAUUUCAUGGUUGGAACAGCCUUUGCCAACAUCUCUUGCCAGCUGAUCGUGUGCCAGAUGAGCAGCACACGGUGCCAGCCCCUCAACUGGAUGCUGCUGCCCAUCGCGGCCGUGCUGCUCCUGGUGGUGUCUGGGCUGGCUCCAGGCAGUGAAACGCUCCUGCUGUACCUGCUGACAGCCUUCCUCACCCUGGCACACAUCCACUACGGAGUGGUCGUGGUGAGCCAGCUGAGCAGGCACUUCAACAUCCGGCCCUUCUCCCUACGGAAGCCCACUCCGGACUGACUGGGAGCAGAGGAGGAGAAAAUCGGCCUGCGGGCUGCAGAAGGACUGUAAAUACCUGCUGCAAAUACCUGUAAAUACUUCAGCCAUCACCACAGAUCAAACUAUCCUCUGGACAGGGCCAAGGACACGCGGGAUCCGCUGCAGCCGGGGCCGGGCCGGGCCGGGGCGGCUCCUGCUGCUCUUCCAUCCCUGCAAGCUUCGGGUUUUGGGUGGAGCUGGAGGAGGAGGAGCCUUUCAGGUCGCUGUUACUGUACCUUAGACCAGCUGAAUGUUCCCAGAGAAGCCUCUGGCUCCGGCCCUUGCUCAGGGGAAGCUGCUUGGGGAUGCAAAGGCUUUACCUGAGCAAAGCACCUUGGCCUGACACCAAAACCAACGCAGCUGAUUCCUCCAAGGGCAGGGGGACAUCCUGGUGGUGGGGGUAGUUCCUGGCUGUCCCCAGUGCUGCUGUCUGGACAGCCCCUGUGCUGGGCUGGUACUUUGGGAGCAGAUGGUGGCAGUUCUCCCACAUUCUGUCCUGCCUUCCUGCUUUUGGGCAAACACUUGCUAGCACCUUUGUUGUCUUUUUUUUUUUUUUUUUUUUUCUUUUUUUUUUUUUUUAACGGGGGAAAAAAAAGACAAGACACUCAAAGCUUGUAGUUCAAUCCUAAAUGGGGGGCUUGGAAAAUCAGGGCUCAAUUUCCCAUAGGAGUGGGAAUGUGGCUUCUGCACGUUGUGUGGUACCUGGGACCACAUCUCGACACGUUCCUGUGUGUCCAUGUGUGUUCCCAGUCUGGGAAUGGGGUCUGGGCCAUGGAAGGUGGCUGAGACUACAGAGCCAAGCUCUCCCCAUUCCUACCAUCAUGGAUUUGCUGUCGUGGUUGGCUCCCUGGCUCCUUUCCUGCUGCCUGAGCCCUCAUUCCACAGCCAGGAACAGCCUGGCCCUUCCCAACUGCAAUUCCACCGCUGGGAGAAGCACCUGAAGCCCUGUGUUGGUCGUGUGUGCACCUUCAGGAUGCUCCCAGGAGUGGGAACCUUUCAGAUCUCCCUCUCUUUGUCCUCAGCACCCGCGUGUCUCAUCCAGGCAUCUCUUUGUUUACUGUCCACUUGUCAAAGAUGUGUUUGCGUUGAUUUUAUUUUUUAAUUUGUUUUUAUAAUUGACUUCGAGUGGGGUGGUGAAGACUGAAUGCUGAUUUUCUUUCCUGUUGGCUUGAUUCAAUGAAGACCUGUGCUUGAAUGAAGAGUGUAGCUUAAACCCAGGCUCUGGAAAGGCUGCAUCCGGAAGAGAACAAGCACAGCCGAUCGUGCAGGUGGAACUACCAUGGGAACAAAUUCCUUCAGACACUGAUUGUUGUGCAACGUGGGGCAUCUGACAGCUUGGUCAGAGCAAUUUCCUUCUGCAGGAAAAGCCUCUUCCUGCUCUGGGAAGCCUUCAACGUGUAACUGCUAUUUAAUGCUUUUUCUUUUGGAAAUGGAAUCACUGUCAUGCCAAGACUGGAAGCCCUGAGGUUGAGCUCGUGAGUUCAUGGGUUGCUUGGGUAGCCCCUGGUCAGUCUUGGUCACCCCUGGUCAGCCCCAUGUCACGGUACAGCCUGUGAGGAGCAAUCUGGGCCCUUCCCAGGGCUGCCAUCCCCUGUGGGAGGCUCUGGAUCUCACGUGUCCCUACGGCUGCUGCGGGGCUGGGAGAGGGGGCCGAUGGUUUUCAGAGUUUAUUUAAUAAAGUAGCUUCCUCCAAUCCAUUUUACUGAUGUUGUACAGCAAAAAAAAAAAAAACCACAAAACCCUCCAUGGACAAAUGACUUGGGCUGCACCUGAGUUUUUGACUCCUGCUAUUUCAUGAAAUAGAAUUAUGGAGAUAAAUUUAAGUCCUGCUCGCACAGGAAUUAGAGGGAAUUUUCAACUGGGACACAGCUUCCUGUGGGACUUGUGCAGAUAGCAGAGCUGGGCUGGCAACGCUGAAAAAUGUGUAUGUUGGAUGAUUUUCUGUCUAGUUUUGUGUUUGCCCAAGCAGAGAAGAACUGAGCUGUUUUCUCAGGCUUCCAACUGAACUCUGGGCUCCCAAACCUGGCACUUGCCUUGUCCUGUCUCUUCCAAAGGGGAAUCACUGGCCCCUGAGGACUGGGAUGCUGCUGAGGCUGGGAGGAGUUGUCUGAGCUUAAGUCUUGGUGUAAGAAGAACAUCCCUCUCCAAAACUGGAACUGCUUCCUCUGCACAGGCAUUUUAUCCUGGGGGAGUUCUGGCUCUUUGGUGCCUUAAUUUAUUGCACCUUGAAAGUAGAAAAAAAAUCUCCUUAAAUCCGCGCUGGGGUUUGGGCUGGCUUGUACCUGGUGGGGACAGGGAUGGAGCAGAGCCCAUCCCAGUGCCCAGGCAGCUGCUGGGGAGGGGGGUUCUCCUUGGGCUCUUAGAAAUCCAGUGAUUUCUGCUCCUGGAUUCUGAGAGGGGAACAGAAACAGAGACCAAACCUUGUGUAGCAGCUGAGAACCAACCCUUCUAUUGCUUACCAUGGGUUUAAGUCUUAAGUAUUAAAGUGUUCCUGGGUAACAGCCCCUGAGGGGGAUCUUCUGUGCUGGUGGUCUCUGGCUGGGCUCUGGGGUGUGCUCCUGGGGAUGGAAAGGGCAGGUCCUGGCUCCUCAGCUCCUCCUGCCUGGUGCCCCAGAGCUGAUCUGUGUUGUCUCUUCUUCCAGGGAUAGGUUGCUCCAAGCCUGGCAGGGAUCCAGGGGUAGCCCCAGCUGCUCUGGGAACCCUGUGCCAGGACCUGCCCACCCUGGCAGGGAACAAUUCCUAAUUCCCAAUAUCCCAUCCAGCCCUGCCCUCUGGCAGUGGGAAGCCAUUCCCUGGGUCCUGUCCCUCCAGGCUCUCUCCAGCUCUCCUGCAGCCCCUGGUUGGUCACGGUGGGGUUUGGCAGCUGCCUCUCCUCAUAUCCCCCUGCCCCAAGGCUUUGCCAGAGCCAGGAGCAGCGUACUGGAAGUGGGAGCUCCCUGGGCUCUGGGAACAUCUUUAAGCUCCUUAAACAGAGCUGGCCUGGUGUCACCUCCUGGCCUGUCAAGGAUCUGCAGCUGGGAGUCAGGGCUGGUUUGAUCUUAGCUCCAGUGAGGGCCCUAAUCUCUUCCCUGAGAGCAUCCAUGCCUGCUUCUGACAGAGCUGGAAAGUCCCUAGGGAAGGGGUGCUUUUGGGGAACCAGCCUUGGCUCCUCCUGGUUUUGCCCACCUCUACUUCUGAGCUGUGUCAAAGCAGUGGCUGAGGUGACACAGAGGCUGCUCUUGGUGGGACAAGGACAGGACGAGAGGAAAUGGCCUCAAGCUGUGCCAGGGGAGGCUCAUGUUGGAUAUUGGGAACAAUUCCUUCAUGGGAAGGGCUGUCCUGCCCUGGCACAGCUGUGCAGGGCAGGGGUGCAGUCCCCAUCCCUGGAGGGAUUUAAAAGCUAUGAGGAUGUGGCACAUGGGGACACGGGACAGCACUUUGGCCGUGGUUGUGCUGGGAAUGGCUGGACUUGAUGGGCUCAGAGGGCUUUUCCAACCCCAGUGAUUCCGUGGUGACAGUGGGAGCUAUGCUACCCUCCUCGCUUGUGGAAAAAACCCUCUGGUCCAUCCAGGUGUGGUCAGACCUGGCUGGAGAAAUCCCCAGGCUGGUCUCCAAGGAAGUGGCUGGGCCAUCCAUCACUGCCCAAGGAGCAGAAGUUCUUGGGGUAACUCCCUGCUCACCCUCCAAGGUGCCAAUUGCCUCAGCCCACAGCACCUGCAGAGCCCGUUUGGUCAGAGCUGGUUGGAAACCUCAAAAUCUGCCCCCAUCCCUCUCUGCCAGCAGGGACACAGCCCUGCUCCUGUCCCUUGGGCUGAAGGGGACACUGGUGCUGGCCGUGGCCCACAGUGAGGUGCUGUGAUCCCAGGGGCCCCGAUGUUGUUCCCAGAGUCCAGAGUCUGGGGGUUCAGGUACUGCAGUGGGUGUGAAUUCCAGUCUGUUCAAUGCUACUGCUGAAAUAUUUAUUGUGUUUAAGCCAAACAGAAAACGAAUAAAGUUCAGUAAAGAAUAAAAUUUUCCACACCUUU